AAAUAUUUCUUGGCUACGGAUUGCAUUAUUAUUGUAGAACGAAAACGAUAGUUUAUUAUUGGUUAUUUUUUUUUUUUAAAGUCUGUAUUAAGUGCUUUUGGUCCAAUAGAUUUGUUACAAUUGUCAAUUUUUUGUAUUCCUUUUGUAUAUAAUGACGACAGUGUCUCAAUUUUUAGGAGAUAUUUUUUUGUUUCAAACUUCCACUACGUGCGGUUUUUAAAGAAAAAGACAAAAUGGCUGGCAAAUUAUCUCUACAAAUUUUUGGUAUUUUUCUCUGCAUCCUUUUGGGUAUGUUUCAUUAUUUUCAAGAUUAUAAUGGCAAAAGUAGUGUAAUUACUAAAAAUCGAGAUGGUAUUACAACGGCUCGUUUCACUGCUACGACUAAUCGGAAAAUUGAAAGACAGUCAACAACUACAAUACGGUCAGGAAUAAUAAAACCAACGGCGAGAAAAAUGGCACAACCAACAAAUACAACGGCAAGAAAAAUGGCACAACCAACAAUUACAACGGCAAGAAAAAUGGCACAACCAACAAUUACAACGGCAAGAAAAAUGGCACAACCAAAAAUUACAACGGCGAGAAAAAUGGCACAACCAAAAAUUACAACGGCGAGAAAAAUGGCACAACCAACAAAUACAACGGCAAGAAAAAUGGCACAACCAACAAUUACAACGGCAAGAAAAAUGGCACAACCAACAAUUACAACGGCAAGAAAAAUGGCACAACCAAAAAUUACAACAGAAAAAAUAAUGACACAACCAAAAAUUACAACAAUGCCAAAAAUAAUGGUACAUAAUGCAGGAAGUACCUUAAAAGCAGUUAAUGACAUUCCUCCUAGAGAUAAACAAUUCAAAAACGAUUUGAAAACUGCUAUUAAAUAUGUUGAUAAAAUUUUAAAUAACUAUAAAUGCAAAUAUAUUUAUAAAAACAUAAACGAUUUUAAGAAAGUGUUUGACAUUAUCACUGCCGCUGCAGAUAAUAAUUACAUAUUUCACACAUUUCCCAAUUUUACCGUUGAUUUUAACUUGAUUCAAAAUGCAACUUUGGCAAUCAAUCAUCUAAUGCCAGUUGAAUGUGAACGGCAACAUCUGCUACAAAAUAAAGAAAUAUUUGAAAAUAUUUUGGAAUUAUUACAUUUAUAUGACACAAAUUUUCCAACUCAAAUUGAUAGCAAAAAAUACUCAAAAUGCUACAUUCAUAGUCUAUUGCAAUUCGAAUCAUUAAAUGAAGUUAUUAAAAAGUUUGAUUUUGGAAAACUGAAUACUAACAGAAAUUCUUUAAACAAUGAUAUAAAAAAUCAAGUGGAAAAAAUAAAUCAAUGUCGCCGAUUAAGGCUAACGGAAGACGAUCAAGAAAGUAAAAAUUACAGAAACAAUAGCAAUAAAAAUUUGAAUCAACUUCACGAGAAAGAUAAAAAAUUCAAAAACCGUCUCAAAUUUUUCAUUCAAUAUUUUGAGAGGAUUGUAAAGGAUGAAUGCAGUGAAAAAAGUGAAACAUACAAUGAUGAGAAUAAGAAUAUUUCGAAAAUAAUUUUUUACAUUUCUGAAAGUGCAACAGAAAAUUAUUAUUUUCACAUAAACCGAACUGCAUAUUUGGGUGUAAUCCCAAGUAUUACUAUUGAGCAACUUUCACAAUUUAUGCCAAAAAAAUGUGAAAAACAAUUGAUAAAAGAUAAAGAAAUACUUCAACAACUCCUACAACUAUUAAAAAUAUAUUAUGAAAAUUAUCCAAGGCAAUUCAUUAACGAUGAUGAGUACAGUGAGUGCAAUAAAAAGAAUCUCAUGGAUUUAAUAAAUAUAAGCAAUGAUUUUGAAAAAAAUUACUUUAUCGAAACUUAUUCUGUAGAUAAAAAAGUGUCAUUAAGUCGUGUUUUGUUAAAAAAAAUUGUAUCAAUUAUGAAAUGUGUUGAAUUGUUAAAUUAAGGAUGUCGCACAGAUAGUAGAUGAUUUUACGACAAGUUUACUGCAAGCUUACUGUAAUUUUACUCUCUAACUAAUAAAAAAAAAUAAUAAAUAAA